AUGGCCGGCGCGGGAUCCUCGUCGGGCGGGUCGGGCGGCGGCGGGGGCCGGGAGGGCGACUGGGACUGCGGCGGCUGCGGCAACCGCAACUACGCCUUCCGCUCCCUGUGCAACCGCUGCAAGCAGCCGCGCCUCCUCGUCGACCCCAACACCCCGCGCGACUCCAAGUGGCUCCCCCGCGCCGGCGACUGGAUCUGCAACGGUUGCAGUAACAAUAAUUAUGCAUCCAGAAAGAACUGCAAGAAGUGCAACCUGCCCAAGGAGGAAGCAGCGAUGCCGCAGUUAUCAAUGGGAGGAAUGAUGCCAGCCUAUGCAGAUUAUAUGGCCAGGGUACAGGAGAUUGCCAAUGCUGGGUAUAAGAUGAACUUUGGCAAUCCAGCUAUGCAGCAGCAGCUACUUGCAAAUGCAAACUGGCCCUAUGGGAUGGCUGGUAGAUAUGGUAUGCAGUCGUCUGCUUGGCCAUUCGCCGGCAACAGCACAAAUCAGUUUCAAGGUGUUCCAAAGGACUGGCGUAGUGGUGACUGGCUCUGCAGCUGUGGAUUCCAUAACUACUCAUCUCGUGCUCAGUGCAAAGAGUGUAAUGCACCUGUCCCAUCAGGCAUGGCCUCUACAACCAUGAAAUCCACAGGAGCAGAUAGUUCUUCAACAUUAGGUAAUAAGCGCUUGGCAUCAGAGGAGCUUGCCAAUGACUGGGAUAAUAAAAGGCUAAAUCCUGGACAUGCUAAUUAUCCACUUUCAGCAGCAGGCUCAGAUAAUUUAUUUAUGGGUCAAGGUGCUGGAAACAAUAAUGGCCAGACAACUUAUUCUGCAUAUGACAAUGGAAACUCAAUGGCAUCUGGACAAAUUCCAGGGAUGUCUGGUGUAGUUGGCAAAGGAGCUAAAUGGCGUGAAGGAGACUGGUUGUGCACCAACUGCAGCAAUCAUAAUUACGCAUCUCGUGCAUUUUGUAACAGAUGCAAAACUGCGAAAGAGUCUUCAGUUCAUCCGGGGGCGCUAUAA